AUGGCUCCGCCCGUUGGCGCCCCAUCGGCAUCUGGCAGCAGCGGCCUGCACAAAGGACCCGCAAAGCUCAGUUCGAGAAAGUUCGCCAGCGAUAGGUCCGAUAGGCCAUCCUACGCAGACCCAGACGAUUACUUUUCUACUCCCACAAAAGCCCAGCGUUCCACGGCAUAUACAACCCCACUGACAUUUGUCGAUGAAGACGAGGCACUCAAAAAGUCCAAAAGUGUUUCCAGUGCAAAAUUGACCAAAGAGAACCUCCAGAAUCUCCAGGCAGCUCACGAGGCGAAAUUCGUGGAUCAACAAGGCACCGAUCCGCGAUUUGACGACCCCAAUUUUCUUGCUUUCAUGCGGAAGUCAAAGUCCCGAUCUCCAGAAAAGAAAAAGACUGACAAGAAGAAAAACAAAGAUUACAACGACCAUCCUUUGAAUUUACCUCCAUCAGAACUAAAGCGUUUGAGCGCCAGGAUGGCACGAGACGAGAGGAAAAACUCUGCUACUAUGGAUGGUGAUGUGCCCGAUAGUGGAAGCGGUAGUGAUGAUGCACAAGCCGAUGCAGGCACAAAUUCGCAACCUGCGACACCGGGCACGAACAAUACGCCUGGCGCCUUUCCUUCGUCAGAGAAUCUGUCGAAUGGCGAUCUACGAGAAGAUACCAAGUCACCACCUCCACCACCACACAGGAUAAGUUCUCAGCCAAAGAUGGAUCCUGAGGCUGCGAAAGCGGCUGGAAAUAAAUUCUUCAAAGCAAAAGACUACGGCCGUGCCGUUGUGGAAUAUUCAAAAGCUGUUGAGGCUGACCCACAAAACCCCACCUACCUAUCGAAUAGAGCCGCUGCAUACAUGUCGGACAAUAAGUUUCAGGCAGCGUUAGGAGACUGCCUGCAAGCGAGUCGGAUGGAUCCUGACAACGACAAGGUUCUGCACAGAUUGGCAAGAAUUUACACAUCGUUGGGAAGACCAGAAGAUGCGCUAUCUGUAUAUUCUAGAAUACCCAAUGCCUCGGCCACCGAUACCGGAGCGGCUCGAAAGGCCCAGCACAGUAUUGAGAUGGCUGAAAAGCAGUUAGAUCAGCCUGAGGGAGAUGGUAAGAUGGCCUUGUGGAACAUCGAUCAAGCGAAGCAGACACUAGGUUAUGGUACUCCAAUGCCUAGGCGGUGGCAGACACUCCGAGCUAGAGCAAACUUGAAGAUAGGAUCUGCAAAUGCGCUCGGAGAGGUACAGAGUAUCGCACAGACACUAAUGCGAGACAACCCUAUGGAUGCAGAAGCAAUGACACUGGCAGGUCGAGCAUUCUACCUGAAGGACGAUAAGGGUGCUGGAAAGUCAGAUUAUCAACGAGCAGAAGAUUGUUUCCGAAAGGCAUUGUCGUUCGAUCCAGAUAUGUCAGAGGCACGUGAUUGUUUGCGCAUGAUGAAAAAGUUGGAAAGAGCAAAGAACGAGGCAAAUGACCUAUACAAGCGAAGCCAGUGGGAACCUGCAGUCAAUGCCUACACCGAGUGCCUCGCUAUUGAUCCUACUAACAAGAUCACCAAUGCCAAGAUUCUUGGAAACAGAGCUUUGGCGCGAUCCAAAAUCGAACAAUACGAAGAAGCAAAAGCUGAUUGCGAUGCUGCGCUCAAGCUAGAUCCGACAUACACAAAAGCCAGAAGGACGAGAGCGAAAGUUACAGGAGAGCUGGGAGACUGGGAGCAAGCAGUCAAGGAUCUGAAGGCAUUGGCCGAGGACAAUCAAGGCGAUGCCGAAAUUGCAAAAGAACUUCGUAAUGCUGAACUCGAAUUGAAAAAGUCAAAGCGGAAGGACUGGUACAAGAUUCUUGGUGUAUCGAAAGAAGCAUCCGAUAAAGAAAUCGAGCGGGCCUACAAGAAGAAGGCAGCGGUAUUACAUCCCGACAAGACACAAGGUGAUAAAGAGAAAGAAGAGCUAUUCAAAGACUGCUUGGAAGCUAAGGAAACACUACUUGAUCCUCAGAAGCGACAAAUUUACGAUUCCGGAGCUGACUUGAUGGAACCUGGCAUGGGUGGAUCACCCUUUGGAGGUGGCUUUGGUCAUCCUGGUAUGGGAGGUGGUGUUCAGAUCGACCCCGAAAUGCUGUUCAACAUGAUGGGCGGCAUGGGCGGAGGUCGUCAAGGAGGAUUUCCAGGUGGGUUUUCUUUUUCGAGUGGUGGGCCAGGAAUGGGGGGUGGCAGAGGUGGCUUCCCGUUCGGUUGA